AUGAGCAAAGCUACAUUUGUUAUUCUUCUUUACGUAGCACUGCUCAAUGUAGCCUUUGGAGUUGCAAUACAAGCAGCAUUCAAGGAUGAUCAAAGUUUAAAGACCAAUAUAAUAUCGAAGUCAACAAGUCAUAAAACUGUUGAACCAGAUUUCUUAACGGUACGCGUUCCGAUGCGCGACUGUGUUGAGCUCGCUGUUGACUAUUUUCUGGCAUCACCAUCUGGUCGAUACCCAACAAUUGUCGAGAUUACACCAUAUGGUCGAGGUAUCGACCGGCCUAACUUUCGUAAUGAAGCUAGUUAUUGGAUAAAGAAUGGCUAUGCUUUUGUUAUUGCCGAUGCUCGUGGCACAGGUGAUUCCGAUGGUGAGUUUGUCUUUUUCUCUAAUGAGGGUGAAGAUGGCUAUGAUCUGAUUGAAUGGAUCGCACUUCAACCAUGGUCGAACGGACGUGCUGGCAUGCGUGGCGCUUCUUAUUCUGGCGAGAAUCAGUGGUAUACCGCACGUGAACGUCCACCGCAUUUAUCCUGCAUAACACCGAGUGCAACACCAGCAAGACCUAUGCAUGAAGUACCUUAUGAUAAUGGCGCGUUUGCACUCAGUUGGUCACUUAAUUGGAUAGGAUCAAAUUUAAAUAUCAUGAAGCCACGGGCAGUUGAACCUCAUUCAAAUCCAAUGACGUGGCUGAAUCAUCGACCUCUUCGCACUUUAGAUGUUUAUGCGAUCGGACGUGAAUUGCCUCUCUAUCGAACAUUUCUUGAUCAUCCCACUUAUGAUGAUUUCUGGCGCAAGAUCGGCUUUAUUCCGAACGACUUUUCAAAAAUCAACAUACCGACACUUGCUUUCACCGGUUGGUUCGAUAGCACAUUGACAGGUACAAUUGAACACUAUCAAAAUAUUCGUCAGUUUUCUUCACUCAAAGAUGAUCAUUUCUUAAUCGUUGGACCCUAUUCUCAUAGCACCGCACCAGAUGGUGGUUACAACUUUUUAACUAAUGAACCAGUACCAAAUGUAGGCGAUAUUCCUGUUCCCGAAAAUGGACUUCUACCAGCUAGAAACAUGACACUUCAGUUCUAUGAAUGGUGUCUUAAAGACAAACCACGACCUAAUUGGCAACCAAUUAGAAUAUUUGUGACAGGUAGCAAUAAAUGGAUGACACUGAGCGUCUUUCCUCCAGAGCAAGCUCAUGAAAAAUUUCUUUUUCUCAUCAGUGAAGGUCAUGCCAACAGUAUUACAGGCGACGGAUAUCUACAAUGGGAACCACCAGUAACUACUGCAGUAGAUCAUUAUCGUUAUGAUCCAAACAAUCCACUCGUUAUUGAUAUGAAAAAGAAGCCAUAUGAACUACCAGUUAACAUCAAUGAUCUCCUCGAUCGAAAUGAUGUUCUCGUUUACACUAGUGAAAUACUAAACAAUUCUCUGACAGUAGUUGGCGACGUCACUAUAGAGUUGGCAUUUUCAAGUUCAGCACUAGACACAGAUUUGGUCAUUCAACUGAUGGAUGUCAUGCCAGAUGGAAGUUCAAUCAAGCUCGGCUCCGGGUUCUCUAGUCAACUUCGAUUACGCUAUCGUGAUGGAUUCGAUCGGGAGGUUCUGAUGACACCAGGAACAACUUACUUACUUAGUAUUAAUUUAAACGAAAUUGGACAUACUUUUCUUCCAAAGCAUCGCAUUAGACUCGCAAUUACAAGCAGUUUCUAUCCGUGGCUCAGCGCAAAUCCAAAUACGGGUGGUCCAAUAGCAACUGAUACUCAAUCGCCUAUUGUAGCUGAUCAGACAGUUUACUACACGCCACGUCAACCGUCGCGUAUUCGAUUGAUGGUUAUUGACAAUCCAUCAUUCGAUCCAUAA